UUUUGUUUGGAACUCCCAGCUGCCUAACCUCAUCAAAGAUGAUUCACUUUGUACUUCUAAUUAGUCGACAAGGGAAAGUUAGAUUGACAAAAUGGUAUUCUCCUUAUUCUCAGAAAGAAAGAACAAAGGUUAUCCGUGAGCUUAGUGGACUGAUUCUCACAAGAGGGCCAAAACUCUGUAAUUUUGUGGAAUGGAGAGGACUCAGAGUUGUUUAUAAAAGAUAUGCUAGUCUUUACUUCUGCAUGUGCAUUGACGAGGAUGACAAUGAAUUGGAGAUUCUAGAAAUUAUUCAUCACUAUGUGGAAGUUCUCGAUCGAUACUUUGGCAGUGUUUGUGAAUUGGACUUGAUAUAUAACUUUCAUAAGGCCUACUUUAUAUUGGAUGAACUCUUGCUUGCUGGUGAACUUCAAGAGUCGGGCAAGAAAACUGUUGCACGUUUAGUGUCUGCACAGGAUUCACUGGUGGAAACUGCAAAAGAGCAGGCCAGUUCCAUUAGUAAUAUAAUUGCACAGGCCACCAAGUAAGUUUUAUACCUGCCCUGCCUUUUGUCUUCGUUGAUUUUGGGAUAUCUGCCAAAUUCUUUUCGAUUCUUGUUUUGAGAACUGAAUUUCUAUGUUAGGGAAGUAUAUUCUGUAA